AUGUCUGCAGCUCAUGACUUUCCUGCGACCUCCCCGGCGGGGGGACCAUCCAGGGUUACGACACCUACCAUUCAGAUCAUCGAUGAAGAAGGCCGGGGCGUGAUGGAGGACUUCGACGACGGCGCGUCGGAAUCCAACGAAGUCGCGAUAGAAAAGACGAGCGUCGACGUCCAAUCCAUACUCUACGAGCGAGCCCUGCACAACAAAGACAAUGACCGCUUCUGGCCAGAACUGAUUCUGAAUGAGAUACUGACGGAGACUGUGAUUGCCGAUUUGCUUUGCAGCAACGACGUGCUUGCGAACAAAAUUGCGACAUAUCAUCGGAAAGUGUUUGCAAUUCUCAUCAUUCACGGGAGAGAGAAAGAGAUUCAGCUCUUCAUCGAUGAGAAUGUAAGAGACGAAGACUUGCCCCUUUCUUCGGAAUCAUCGCAAAAGACAAGACCUUGCUUUAGCAAAUGGAAACCAUUCGAGCUGGACAGUUUCCGGCACACGCAGUAUGGGAUGAUUCCUUUGUUCCUGGAUUUCGAAGGGGAUGGGACGACAGUGAGACAAAUAAACUUGGAGCCGAAAGUCCUAUUACCUUUCCUCACGGAGGAAAGCAGCGGUGCCGGUGGAUACAGUGAAGUAUACAAAGUUGUGAUCGAUGCCCGCUCACACGGCUUCGACCGUGCCCUCAAUUCGAUCGCCACGAAUGACUGUUUCGCAGUGAAGAAGAUAAGCCAUGCACAGCAAAGAAAGAAGGAGAUGAACUUCGAGGCGGAGGUCAAAGCUCUGCAAAGAUUCAGCGGUUUUAUUCACGACCAUCUCAUCACACUUCUGAUGUCAUGGAAGACCAGCAACGACUACUUUCUUCUCUUCGUCUGGGCUGAGUAUGACUUAGACAAUUACUGGGAACACCAUGAACUGCCGAUUAGGGCUGGAGUUCCAGACGUGGACUACGUGCGAUGGAUUGCGAAACAGAUCGUCGGCAUGGCGGGAGCCCUGGAUACCAUGCACAACUUUCGCAAUGUCGAACUGGCUUCCAAUCAAAAGAGAUAUGCGCGACAUGGUGAUAUCAAGCCAGAGAACAUUCUCUGGUAUAGGUCUCCGAGUGACAAGAGAGGGAUAUUGGUGCUGGCUGAUCUGGGGCUGACUACCUUCAACUCGACGAAGAGCCGCUCAGCGCAACCCGGACGUUACGUGCCAGUAACUCUGACGUACCGCCCUCCUGAGUGCGAUCUAGUAGGAGGGGUCGUCUCGCGUGCCUUUGACGUCUGGACGUAUGGCUGUGUGCUUCUCGAGCUGGUCUGCUGGGCUCUAGGAGGUCAGCCGCUUCGCGCGCAGUUUGCGAAGGAGCGAAGAACGUUGUAUCCAGCGACAAACGUUCGCUCUGACAUUUUUUUCGAGGUCUUGAAGGUCAAAGAUGGGCCGACAGAGUACGCGGUGUCGGUGAAAGAAGAAGUUGGCCAAGUAAGUAGUUCUUCUGUUCGUCGUACAUUCGCACGGAAGAGUACUGAUCACCCAUCAGUGGAUCACGAAGCUCCACAAACAUGA